GUUCCGCGCUGUCCCUCCAAUCCCCUCCUUCCUCCCCACCAUCCUCCGAAGUGUCGGAAGAAAGAGGAACAAGCCCGCAAUCCAAACAUUUCUUCACCUCAUCAACAUUGACUCUCCCACUUACAUACCCUGAUCUUCUGGCUUCCAUCGUCGGAAUCACUUACACAAGCAAUUUCAACAACAACAACAAAGUCAGCUAUCCGAACCUUACUGCCGACAUUAUCUUCCGGAACUGUGUCUGAUCUGUCACCCAGUCGGCAACACGCGCGCACCACCACGCCCGUCUGCAUAACACUACUCCGUACAGCGCAGACAGACAGACCUAUCAGCUGUGCAUUUCGCUGUAGGGGUAUCUGCUCGAUUCUGCUCGGCAUCAGCCCAGAUCGUCCAACAGCAGCAUCAUAUCAACUUGUACAGCACCGAUUGCUCUCCGAACAGCUCAAUCAGUCAACCAAGAAAGCAAUCAUCACAGCUAAAAAGACGAACGAGAAGAAGAACACAAAACAAGAAGAAAAAAAAGAAGACCCAACACCAUUCAGCUCCUCUCGGUCUUACAACCAUCGAUUCAUCCCAUUUUCUUAUCAGAUCUCAAGAGCCGAGAGAGCGCCGAACCGCACCCUCGGAUUUACCAGCUGGCAAGUACAUCUGCAGCCCACACCACGCCAUCUGGCCACCAGCUGUCAGCGGCGAUAUCCCACCACCCGCCAGCGAAUGAGCGGCCUUAGCGGACCCCGCCUGCGGAACACUGCUGCUCGUUAGGUCGUCCCUCUUCCGAUCCACCAAGAUGGCCGCCUCAGAUGUUUCCACCACUGUUCCCUCCUCAUCCACCACUACCACCACCAACUCCUCCUCCUCCCACAACCAGACGUCGCAACAGCAACACUCGUCGUCGACCUUCUCUCCCGUCACCUCACCUCCCGCAACCGACGCCCGAAGCGUCUACUCGGCCGCAUCUCGCUCCAACUCGGUUGUCUCGACCCCCGUAUCCGCCGUUUCGCCUGCUGCGAGCACACCCGGCGGUCCUCCCACACCAAAUCCGAGCGGACCGACAAAUGCCUCCCACGCCCCGCACCAACUACCUGCCAUCAGACCGAACGCUGCACAGCAACCCAUCUCAGCCAGGCCGCCUCAGGUCGUGAACAAAAUGUCCAUGGCCUCCGUCAUCAGUCCCCCGCCCGUCACCGAGGCGCCCAAGAUGUCCAUGACCACCAAGGAAUGGGUCAUCCCUCCCAGGCCCAAGCCCGGCCGCAAGCCUGCCACCGAUACGCCACCCACCAAGCGCAAGGCCCAGAACCGUGCCGCGCAGAGGGCAUUCCGCGAGCGUAGGGCCGCCAGAGUUGGCGAGCUGGAGGAACAGCUCGAUGAGAUCCGCGAAGGUCACGAAAAGGUCGAAAAAGACCUCAAGGACAAGGUCCACGGCCUCGAGAUGGAGCUACAGUCCUUCAAGUCCCGCUGCCUCGUUCUCGAAAAUAUGCUGGAUCGCGAGAGAAAGGACCGUGUCAAGGCCGAGUCCGAACUCGAAAGCCAAAAGAGACGUUGGAACGAGCAGCAGGCCGCCGCCCCGAGACGCCUGCCGUCUCCCCAGCGCCGAGGUUCUCAAAUCGCUCACCACGAGCAUCCCCCCACCCCAUCGGCUGGCCACUCAAACCAGCCCUUUUCCAUCUCACAGAUCGUCUCCCCCCAAGACUCAACCCACAUGGAAGACUCUCCUGCCCCGUUUGGAUGCGGGUCAUGCGGCCCUGAAGGAUGCUCCUGUGCCAACGAAAUUCUUGCCGACACCGUCACAGGAUGUGGCGGAUGCACUCUCGGAGGUCGAUGCCAGUGCCUUGAGGAGACUAUCAAAAGCGCCAUCAUCUCGGACCUAAAGAGAGCUCCCUCGCCCUCGGCGCCGACAUCCUCCGAGAAGCGUGCCCGCGUCGAGCCCACUCCACCUGAGGAGGAGACGGAGAUUGACUUCACCGCCAUGUUCUCCAAGAAGGCACCCGUGCAGCAGGUGCAACAGCAUCACCAGCACCAGCAAGCGAACCUUGCCAUCGUGCAGCCCCAGCCCCAGCUGCCUCCCGUGGCCUUCAAGGACUCGUGUGGGUUUUGUAAGGACGGAAGCUACUGCCUCUGCGCCGACACCGCAAUUCUCGGCCCGCCUGCCACCACCCCUUACGGGCCUCCUCCCGCCUAUUCCCAGCAGGUUCAGACUCCCCCUCCCUCAGAGAACGAUGCCGUCCCUCCUCCCAUGCCAAUGGAGAUCGACGCCGAUGGCGCCGUCAAGCUCCGUCCCCGUCCCCAGACCACCCAGCCCGCUGCUCCCGUCUCCCGCGGCUGCGGACCCAAGGGCCCCGGAUCCUGCGCCCAGUGUCUCGCCGACCCCAAGUCGGGUCUCUUCUGCCGCGCUUUGUCCGCCAACUUUGAGCGAAGUGGAGGAAGCGGUUCCGGAGGCGGCUGCUGUGGAGGUGCCGGUGCUGGAGGCGGAUGCUGCAAGUCCGAGUCCGCGCCGCCGCCACCCCGUCUCCCCUCAAAGGGACGCCUCGGCCUCAGCCUGAGCUGUGCCGAAGCCUACCAGACCCUCUCCAGCCACCGAAACUUUGAAAAGGCCGCCGACGACAUUGGCUCCUGGCUUCCUAAGCUUCGCGCCGCGCCCAAGCCGGGCCAGACGCUGCCGUCGCCUUCCCGUCUGCCCAUCGAGGUCGAGGCGGCGAGUAUCAUGAGCGUGCUCAAGGACUUUGAUAUUCGCUUUGGCAGAGGCCAGUAAAUUCUUUCCAAAGUUUCUCUUGCCUCGCUAGAGGCAGGCCAUGCAUACGUUCAUGAAUCUGGGUCGGUUAUCUAAAAGCUCUGUUUGGUUUCACACACAUUACUUGUGAGACAUGGUUGAUGUGGACACGAGCACUUGAAAAAUUGGGCGGCGUUUGGGGUCCUUCGAGACACUGUUUGAUUUUGUAACACCCAAACUUCUAGGAAGUGAGGGCUAUCCGCACAAGAGGAUGCUAUUUUUGAAGCUUGCUCGUCGGAGGGGAUAAGGGAGGAGGUUAUUUAGUUCCGGUGCAUCAACCCAGGCCAACGGGGCCGGGCUGUCUUAACGUAGUACGC